AUGGGCCACCGGAGGCGCCCACGCCCUCGGUCGUUGGUCUUCGGCCUACACGGCACUCGUCGACUCUCCACAAGAUCUCAUCGUAGUUCUAUACUCCGUGGCUGCACAAAACCGCGUGAACUCGACGAUUUGGACAGAAACGGCGAUUUGGAAAAUGAAGUCGUGAACCUGGGAUCAUGGAUAGGUACUGGUGACAAUUGUUGCUUUCGCAGCUUAUAUUACAUUUGGCCAUCGUGCGCCAUUAUUAUUCAGAGGAAAAGGGAACUUGAUGAGGACGUACCGGACCACACACUCGUUGCUGCAGCCACUAUAAAUAUUAUCGGGCACAAUUAUUAUUCAAUUCGUAUUACUAGCACCAGGAGCUGCAGCUUAAUUAAUUGUUCAUUCGCUCCAGCAAUUCAGCAGCCACAAUGGCAUCCGCCGCUAGCUCCAACAACACCGCCACGCCCGACCUCGACCUGGAAGCGCAAGUGCCCACGGUGA